GGAAGAGAAUUGCACUGGCUACUUCAGCAUGUUAAGUUAAAGUUGAAAUGAAUUAUAUUGUUGCGCCUGUGUAGAAGUAUUGACAUCUUUAAUUAGAAAAAUAUUUCAUACGUUCUAAAUUGGGGGCACAUUCAUGUGGAAAAUUACAUGAAUCACUAUAUCUUCAUGCUGAUCAUGUCUGAAACACCUUAAAUAUAAUGAUCAUUGUUUCCUCUGUUUUUUGUUAUCAGUUGAGAUAUUGUACAUUUUGAUCUGAUUGUCUGAAGGCUCAAAUCUCUAAUUUUUUAAAGCAAAUAGAAUGAGUUUCAAAUUUAUUUGAAUAUUCGAUUAUUUGAUUCGUUUUGGACAUUCCUGCGCUACUCAAUACUGAUGUUAAGCAUAUUUCACAAAAAUCUUGGAGAUUUCUAAUAAAAUAGAAUUUCUCAACUUUAUGACAUUUACAGAAAAUAUAUCUUUCAAUCUAUUACUGUUUUCUUUCCUACAGAUACUUUUUUCACUGUGAAACUAUCUAAUGUAAAAUAGCAACAAUGCUCAAAAUAAGACCAGCUGGCUUAGUCUUAUACUCUGCAAUUAUUGUAAUAGUUUGCAUGUUCAUCAUAUACCUGAACAUGUAUCGUUCGACUGUUCAUGUUUUUCCAAAUAUCGAUCCAACUAUCAAUAAUAAAAUAAAAAGUGAAAGAGUUACAGAAAGAGAUCAAAGGUGUCGCAACACUAUAAAAAAUUCAAAAUCAGAUUGGUUUAAAGAGAGUUACAAUGAAAAAAUAAUGCCUUUUUGGGGAGUUGACAACUUGGGUAUAAACCAAGAUGUGUUUCAAUGGUGGCUCUCCAUACAAGGAUCCACUCGAACUAAUUUGGAGCCAGUUUUAAAAGGUUUAUUCAAAGAAGGAAUUGAAGAACAUCGGAAACGAAACGGAACUCAGAAUAAUGAAUGUGUUAGUUGUGCAGUUGUCGGAAACUCUGGAAAUCUUAAAAAUUCUGGAUAUGGAGAGGCCAUAGAUAAACAUGACAUAGUGAUUCGAUUCAACCAAGGACCUACUACCAGUUUUGAAAAAGAUGUUGGAUCAAAAACAACACAUCGACUUAUGUAUCCAGAAAGUAUGAAGGCAAUCAAAAAAGAUACCAGUUUUACUUUAAUCCCCUUCAAACCUCUCGACGUCGAAUGGCUCCUCAGUGCAAUAACAAAUGGAACUAUCAAAAAGACAUAUAGGCCCGUAACACCGCGUAUUUACGUGAAUGUUCCAAAAAUAAAUAUUAUUCAUCCAGAAUUCAUAAGAUACGUGCAUGUUAAUUGGAUAAAUCGUCAAGGAAGAUAUCCAUCAACAGGAGCAAUAGGAGUAGCACUCUCAUUACAAAUAUGUGAUUCUGUCGAUGUAUAUGGAUUUGGUAUGGACGAUAAUAGAGGUUGGCAUCAUUACUGGGAAAAUUUGCCACCUGGUAGCGCACAAGCUUUCAGAAAAACUGGAGUUCAUGAUGCAGAUGUAGAAAGAGCAUGGCUUGAAAGAUUAAAAACAGAAGGUGUUAUUUCAAUAAAUAUUGGGAAAUAAUUUGCUUGCGAACACCUGAAAGAGUUGUACUAUUAAUAUUAAAUAUGCAAGAUUUGUUGGGCAUUUCUAUGUGCGAUGAGUCUAUUAGGUCAUGAUAUGCUAUAUCUAAAGUUGCCGCUAUUCAAAUUAUUUCCUGUCUGUUAUUCCAAUUUUAAAUAAUACUGAGACCUUGCACUGACUGCAAUAAAUUGUCUAUAUAUUUUUA